GAGAAUAAAUUUACACUUCUGUUAAUACAAUAUACUAUUAUAAUAAUAUUAACAGUUUUUAUUAUGAAUUAUGAUGUGUGAUAACAGUUAUUAAUGUCUCAUUUUUCUGCGAACGGCUGACAGCUUAAAUAUUAUAGUAAUUAAGUUUAAUUGAUUGUUAUUACUGGUAACAAUCGAAUGAAUUCAUCAUUUUGUUAUUAUUCGCAAACAAGUAAUUUUCAAUGAACCCUGGGCUUAGCUUUGAGGAAAGUUCAUGAAGGAAUCGGCUAAAUUUUUCAUAAGGACAUAUACUCAAUCAAUACUCCAAACCAUAUGCCUUUAUAUGUCUACAAAAGUGAACAAAAAUUAAAUUCGUGUCAAUGUCUGUCCUUAAUUUUCAACGCCCAGCUGGCCUUAAUAACAAAAAAUAAGUCUUAAAUAAUAAAUUAAUAUCUAUCAUGAUAAACUUGCCUGAAAUAUUCCACUACAUGCAUCGUUUCGCUUAUAUACAGUUACAGAUACAAGAUUUGCAAAUGAAUCACACAACACUAAAAACGUGGUUAACACGCGGAGAACUUGAAAAACUUGAACAUGUAGUUCUAGAAGGUCGUGGCGCCCGAUUGCUGGGUGAAUACUCGCCUGAUGUUAAAACAAGAGCUUUUUUACGAUCACUUCCUAAUUAUUUGACUAAAAUCAGCCAAGUACAUGAUGCAGUAGUCCGAGGAUCGUUAGAAGACUUACAAAAAUUCUUGACUGAUGAGCCAAAAAAAAAGUAUGCCUUUGCCAAAGAUCCUUCCGGGACACCAUUGCUUACCAAAGCGGUCUACUUCGGAAAACAGAACAUCAUAGAAUGGUUGAUUGCAAAUUAUCCGAAUACUGUUGUUCAGAAAGACAGGGAAGGAAGAACCGCGCUUCACUACUGCGGAAACUGCAAGGACCCAGAAGCGAUAUGGGAUUUGCUGGUUGAAGCUGGAUGCGACACUAGUAUUUGCGACAAAAGAGGCCGCCCUGCAUCUUAUUACCUCCAAAAUCCCCAAGAAAUUGAGCUCACGGAACCAGACAAGAUGGACGACCACAAAUUUUCAAAAAAUGAAGUUCUAGAUGUCAAACCAUCGAACAUCAGAAUUUGGAUCCACAACCGCGAUAUCAAAAAACUUCAGCAAGUUCUUUGGGAAGGACAUGGCUCGAAGUUGCAGUGUGAGAUCAGCAAUAAUCCUCGUGUCAAAAGGUUUCUAGAAGCCGUACCUUACAUAAUGGUGACGAUAAAACAAAUCCAUCAGGCGGUGAUUAACAAUGACUUGAACACCCUGCAAGAUAAAAUCGCAGAACCAGUUUCUCCUGUAAUUCUUUGCGCCAAAGAUAGUAACGGACUCAAUCCUUUGCACAAGGCUGCUGGUCUAGGUUACAUAGACAUUGCGACAAAAAUUGUUGAAAAGUAUUCUCAGGCAGCUCUAGCUGUAGAUAAUGAGGGUAAAACGCCUCUACAUUACGCCGCGGCUUUGAAAGACGGGGGAAGUAUGUAUGAUCUUCUGGUGGAAUAUGGAGUGGAUGAAAGCAAACUUGAUCAUAAACAAAAAGCGGCGGGCUUCUACAGAAACCGUCCAGGAGACAUCGAUGUCUCGAAUUUAGUGGUAAUUCCAGAUGCGCCGCGAACAUCAGGGACUGAGUACCCUAAGAACUGGGAUUGGAGAAUCCUAGAAUCCCAGGGUUCAAUGCGUUCCAAGAAACGAAGCAGCAGUGACAGCGCGAUUGGAAGCGCAGAAAGCGCAACCAAAAGUGAAGAAAACUCCGAAAUGAUUGAGGAGGGCGAGGAAGCUGAUGAACCACCAACUGAAGAUGCUCCUGAAGAAGCUGAAGCUGAACCUGAAGAACAAGAAGAAGAAGAAGAAGCAGAACCAGAACCAGAGCCAGAAGCUGAAGAAGAAGAGGAAGAACCAGAACCUGAACCAGAAGCUGAAGCUGAACCUGAAGAAGCAGAAGCAGAAGAAGAACCAGAACCCGAACCAGAAGCUGAAGAAAACGAAGAAGAAAAAAAUGAACCAAGCACCGGGGAUUCAGGUGUUGAGGAAAUACCCGCCGAAGAAGAUCAGGUUAUUGUUGGCGAGCAUGAAGAACUGCCUGAAGUGGAGCUUAAUGACGCGGGCAUGCCCGAAGAUCCAGAAGUUGAAGAUCUCCUGGUGAACGGAAACAUGGAGCAAUUGGCAUCCUUGGUGCUCAAUGGUGAGGGGAGUCGGCUUCUUGGCAGGCAAUCGGGAAAUUCGGAUCUUCAGGCUUUUAUUGAUAAUGUUCCUUCUUAUAUUGGAAAAAUUCACGCAGUUCACAUUGCAGCCAAAGAAGGCAAUUUGAGGGACCUUCAAAAUGCCUUGGAUAGACGCAAAUUUGCUAUUGCGAGGGACAAUGCUUCGCCUCAUGGUGCCACCGCUCUUCAUGUCGCGAUUGUUUUUGGACACACUGCUAUCAUAAGAUAUCUAGCAGGAAGAUUCCCAGAAACUGCUCACGCAGUAGAUGUAGACGGACGAACUCCUUUGCAUUACGCAGCGACAUUAGCAGAUAAUGGGCACUACUACAAUCUACUCCUCCAUUUGGGCGCCAAUCCUCUCACCAGAGACAACUUUGAGCAAAAGGCCGAGUACUACCGGACUAACCAAGAAGACCUAUCGCACAAACGGCUCUUACGGGACUUUGGCGCCCGCGAAGAACUCGCUGAUGAGAUGCUUUCCGACAAAGUUGCGGGCGGCGACGUUUACUCCUCACGACGCGACAUUAACGAAGCAGAUACCCUGACAAUGUUGGAGCGGUGCUUCCGUCUGCUAGUGAACAAUCGGAGGAACUCGAUCCCGAACACUCCGGCAGCAAAUGCGGGUACAAUGCUAGGCCGUUGUAUGAAACGCCCAAUAUUUGACAAAAUAAAGCACCGUGUGACUCGCAUGGACCACAAUCUGUUUGACGUAAUAUGGCCGUCUUUGCAGAAAUACCAAACGCUUAAUAACAGCAACUAUAACCACUAUUCCCAGAGCAGCCAAGCAUCUAGCGCCCUUAGCAGCAGAUCCAUGGUGGAUAUCGACAGCGACUUGGACAUGAUCGUCGUCGCUCCAGAUUUCGAGAGCUACUACGUUUUUGCAGAGCUCCUGGACCCGUUGAUCAGGAACCUCCACUGUGUGACGACCACAGGGGAGCUUCCCGAUCAGCCUGACCCUAGUUUCUUCUCCGAGGAUUCGGAGGUUGAUGAGAACGCUAAUAUCAGCGAAAAUAUCUCGACUAUCACUGGGUUCGACAUUGAUUCUAGUGGGAAGUAUAUUUCUGCUGGAACUGUCGACGCCUGUAGAAAUCUCGAAGCUUUCUCGCUUCCUUUGACGUUGACCAUCAACCAGCUGGAAGAAACUGAGAAGCAAAUCACUGGGGUGCUGAUCAGCGCAGAAGUUUCCUUGGUGAUGGCUGAAGGCAGCAGUGAGGAUGAAGGAGGAAUUUACUACACGUUGAACGAAAUCCUAGAGCGGCCUAGUGACAUCAGAAUGCGGCUGGCCGCUGCAGGACUCCUCGUUCCGAUCAAUGAAACUGAGGCCAGUGAUGAAAAACGGAUGCAUGGACGACACUGGCCGUACGGUCGAGGUGUCUACGUUGCCAGCGCUGGAGACCUAGCUGUCUGGGUGAAUGUUCAGGAUCACAUCAGGAUUAUCGCUUGCACUUCUGAGAACAAGCCGGGACAAAUCGGCAAGGCCUAUGUUAGGAUUGCUAAAGUCUUGACGAUUCUUGAUAAAAAGCUCAGGUUCAAGAAGGACAAGAAAUUGGGUUUCCUCAGCGCCAGACCUUCUGCGGUCGGCAAUACGGUCAAAUUUAGUGUUAUAAUCAAAUUGCAAGGGUUGUCCAGGAAAAUGGAUCACUUGAAGGAACUCUGCAUUGUUCGUGGUCUCAAAGCUAUGGAAACCAUGCGCAGCGACACCUUCAGGAUCAGCAACCAACAAAGUUUGAGUAUCACUGAAUUGCAGACUUUACAGGAUUUUAUUAAUGCCGUUGUCAGUAUUAUUAGUUUAGAAAAGGAAAUGAUUUUCAAUAAUUCGAUGAAUAUUGCGUCGCUUAUUGUUAAUAUGUUCAGGAAGAAAAGCUCCGCGCGGAAAUUUAGGAAUUAAAGUGUUUGAAGCAAUAAUUUCAUAAUAUAUGAGUUUAUGGAAAUUAUUUUGAUUGAAUAUUUGUAUUUAUAUUGAUUAUAAGUGUUGAUGUUAAUUAAUCUUUAAUUAGGAUAAUUUAUUUUUUUUAUGUUAAAUUUUAAUAUUAGGUAUCUCACUUUGAAUAAAUGGCUGUUAUUUAUAUAAUAAUGGAUAUCUGUGAUAAUUUAGUAGCUCAAUUUUAUUUAUAUUUAAGUAUUAUUGUUAAUUAUCUUAAGGUGUGUUAAUAUAAGUUAGAUUAUAAUUAUGAUAAUAAUAAUAAUAUUGGAAAGAUGCGAAUAUAAUUGAAAAAUUCAAGUAUUUAGUUAAAAUGGCGGCAGUUGUCCACUGGAUUUUAUUUUGGAUAGCAGUGAUGAUUUUCCAAUAUUUCGUAAAGAAGACGGACGUUAUUUAGCUUCCUCAUUGGGUACACCGUUAAUUAAAGGAUUGACUGAAGUAGUUCACAGGCGUCCCAAAAAUCCAGUGACUUACUUGGCGACAUAUUUGAAUAAUUUUGCAACUCAUACAAAUGGAAACGAGUAUUCUUCUCCG